GCGGGGAGCGGCGGAGCGGCACUGGGCUCGGCACUCAGCGCCAGCAAAACCAAGACCAAGAAGAAACAUUUCGUGUGCCAGAAGGUGAAGCUGUUCCGGGCUUCGGAGCCGCUGCUCAGCGUCCUCAUGUGGGGGGCCAACCAUACGAUCAACGAACUCAGCAAUGUUCCUGUCCCUGUCAUGUUGAUGCCUGAUGAUUUUAAAGCCUACAGUAAGAUCAAGGUGGACAAUCACCUGUUCAACAAGGAAAACUUGCCCAGUCGCUUUAAAUUUAAGGAGUACUGUCCUCUGGUGUUCCGAAACCUCCGGGAAAGGUUUGGGAUUGAUGACCAGGACUACCAGAACUCGGUGACACGAAGUGCCCCAGUGAACAGCGACAGCCAGGGUCGAUGCGGGGCCCGGUUCCUCACCACCUACGACAGGAGGUUUGUCAUUAAGGCCGUGUCGAGUGAGGAUGUAGCAGAGAUGCACAACAUCUUAAAGAAGUACCACCAGUUCAUAGUGGAGUGCCAUGGGAACACCCUUCUGCCCCAGUUCCUUGGCAUGUACCGGCUCACCGUGGAUGGAGUGGAAACCUACAUGGUGGUAACCAGAAACGUGUUCAGCCACAGGCUGACAGUGCACCGAAAAUACGACCUGAAGGGCUCGACAGUGUCCAGGGAAGCAAGCGAUAAGGAGAAGGCCAAGGACUUGCCGACGUUCAAGGACAACGACUUCUUGAACGAGGGACAGAAGCUGCAUGUUGGGGAAGAGAGCAAAAAGAACUUCCUCGAGAAGCUGAAGCGGGACGUGGAGUUCUUAGCUCAGCUGAAGAUCAUGGACUACAGCCUGCUGGUUGGGAUCCACGAUGUUGACCGAGCAGAGCAGGAAGAGAUGGAAGUGGAGGAUCGGGCAGAGGAUGAGGAGUGUGAGAACGAUGGUCUCGGAGGCAACCCCAUCUCCUCGUAUGGAACCCCCCCAGACAGCCCUGGCAAUCUCCUCAAUUACCCUCGCUUCUUUGGGCCUGGAGAGUUUGAUCCUUCUGUUGAUGUCUACGCCAUGAAAAGCCACGACAGUGCCCCCAAGAAGGAAGUGUACUUCAUGGCCAUUAUAGACAUUCUUACACCGUACGAUGCAAAGAAGAAAGCUGCACACGCUGCCAAAACAGUGAAACAUGGGGCUGGGGCAGAGAUCUCCACCGUGAACCCGGAGCAGUACUCCAAACGCUUCAAUGAGUUCAUGUCCAAUAUCCUGACAUAGUCAUCUUCAGCCUUCAGAGGAUCACGAAGAGAAGAGGGGCUACUUCCCAGAGGAGAACGCAGCCUGUGACACUAAAACAGACUCUGUAGCAGCAUGAGGGGUGUGAGUGUGAGUGUGUGUGAGUGAGUGAAUGAGUGGCACUGCGUGACUUCGGAGAAAACGUAUUUUCGGUGCACCCUCCAACAGCCCACGUCAGCCAGGUGGGAGAAAGUGGGGUGGGGGGUUUUGUUACAGAAGUGCCCAGACAUCAAUUCGAGGGCUUUUUAAAACAAGAAAAGUGCAUUGUUUCCAGCACUGCUCUUCCUGACGGUGUUUCCUCCUCUCUGACCAAGGGACUCGCAGGGAUGUGACAUGAGGCGCUGCGCAGGGGGGGUCACUCGAGCUCAGCUUUACUUUGGAGUAAAGCAGUGCCUGAUGCCACAAACGACUUUUUUUUUUUUUUUUUUUAAUUAAUUAUCAUCGAAUUGUCUUUGCAAGAAGGACCUCCAAGCCCUUUUACUUCCCUCGUGCUAAGAAUUGGAAGGAAAAUCGCUCACCAUCUCGAGGAUGGAAAAUAUGACACUGAUAAGGAGGAGUCGCUGAACUUUAGGUGAAUUCAGACUGGGACACUUUAAAUCUUUUGGUUAAUUUAAGUAACAAAAAUGUUGUUUGUUGGUUGUUUUUGUUUUUGUUUUUUUUUUUUUUGUAUCUGCACUCGAUUUACAAGAAAGAUGAGGGAAAUGAACAUCUACCAAAGAUGAUCACUACGAGAGGUCUUUGCUCCCGGAGCCUAAAAAAGCAACGUGAGAAGCAUUAAGAGACAUUGAAGAACAUCAGAUGGUGAUGUGCUCAGACCCAGCGUGCUGUACAAUUGGCCAGCUGUGAAGAUGAUGUGAAAGGACAAAAAAAAGCAAAGCGCUGUGUCCCUGUAGGUGUGGGAUAACACCUGACUACCUGGAACCUUUCCCCACGCACCGCAGUUGGGAGUUGCUGUGUCUCUUUGGUUCGUAGCUUCGUGUCUGCAGUUCAGUGUUAAUCCAGCUAACGUUGUGUCUUCCUCAUUCGCUCGGUCUGCAGCUGGCAUGCUUGGAUUUGCUUCCUGAUGGAGGGUUGUGGGUUUGUUUUUGCCAUGGUGAUGUGAUUGUGGCCGGAGCUGUGGCUGUGUGCUCCUCUCUGAGCAGUAUGGAAGGAUGGGAAUACUGACCCCCCCUCCCCCCCCCUCAACUCCAGCCAGGCUUUGAGGCUUCUGUGGGCUCCAUUCUCAGCACUGCACAACGCUGAUGGACCUUUGGGUUCCUUCCUUCAUUUACUUUCUCAGCAGGAUUCAACGUCUUGAACAAAACUCGCCGUCGCAACGCGUUGCUUCUCUGCCUUGAACUGUUUUCACAAAUGCCUUUGUUUUGGGAUGAAGCUCUUUGGGAUGUCUGCCCCGUGCUGUAACGCCCUGCAGGGCUCACUCCUUUCGGGGGAUCUCUGGUGCUCGUUGCAUCCCAGCCGUCCCCAUGGGCUCCUGGCUCUGCUGUGGGAUGUGGGAUAGGGGCAGUUCUUGCGACGCAGUCUGAGUGCCACCGCUCUCAGCUUGGAAGGGGACAGAAGGGCCUCGAGCUUCAGCCCAUGGAGGCACACUGUAAAUAGGGCACUCACGGAGUCAGAAAUGACCACUGGGGGUCACAGGGGGAUGCGGACCUUUGUGGUCAUUUGUGGGUCGUUUCCUACGAGGUGGGGCAGCCUCAGAACGAGUGCAGCAAAAAGGGAGGACGGGAGGGCACGGCUGUGCUGGGGGCAUUCUGUUGGUUGCUGUGCUCUUUUAAAGAAAGAAAAUAAGCACUUAACGUUUACUAUCCCUUAGGAAUUUGACACCCAUUGCUUUUUAUUCUUGACAGUUUUAAGAAUCCGCGUUGGAGCUGCAGCUUUGGCCCGGUGAGCUUUGCUGCUCUCCCGGGCAGCGAGCUGUCUCCUUUUAAACUGAUCAUCUUUAAAUCAUGUAUUUAUAAAAUAAUAAUAAUAUAAAAGAAGAGGAAAAGGGUGGGGGGGGGGAGGGGGGAAAGAGGGAGGGGAGUCUGUGGGCUGCAGGCGCUGAGCUGUGUCACUCCUCUCCAGCAGAACUCAUGCUAGGGCUGAGCUGGAGGGCUGUGGCUCAGCCCACUUCCCCAGCUCUGCCCCUUGUCGAGUUGCCAUGCUGUGUGUGCUGCAGUAAGGAAAUGCCAUUUUCUCACUUAAUGCUGUGUUACCCAGGUGUGUAACUUCGUUUAACGUGAGCGUUUUGUAUAUUGUUUACAAUUUGGGGAGGUAGCAUUGUGUUCAAGAUGCUAAUUUUCGUUUCGAGACAGUAUUUUUCUUACCAGAACGAGAAGGUGAAGCUGCAAAUAUUUUUUGUUUUUAAAAGGGACUUUGGGUUUUUGUUUGUUCUUUUUGUUUUUAAAUCUUAUUUUAGGUCAUUAUUUUAUUUUAUUUUAUUUUUUUUUUAACUCAAGUAUUUAAGAAAGCCUAGCCCGUUCCAUUCUGGUUUUACAGCUGCUCGUGCUCGUUUGUUGUCUGUUGCUGGUGUGAGUUUAGUUGUAGUGUGCUGGAUGUAGGUAGCUGUGUCUGUAGAUGUGCCCCACAGAGUGCAGGGUGGGCUGGGGGGGGGUCCUGCCUGUCCCAGGUUGGGCUCUCUCAGAGCAUGGCCCUGAUGUUGUUGAAAUGUGAGCACUGAAAUCUGCUUUGGGUUGCCUAAAAGAGGUCCUGGGGCAAAAGGGAGAGGGGAGAGGGAAGGCAGAGCGCAGCAGCGCGUGUCUGAGUGCUGUGCCGCCCUGUUGGUGCAAUAUAAAAUGCUCAAGAAUAGGAUGGGUCACCCAAAAGCGGGGGUUGGGGAGGGGGGAAACAGGGAACAGCCACCCCAUGGGUGGGUCAGCGCCAGGGAUCAGCCCUGCUGGUGGCAAUAGGUGAGCAGUGUCAGUGGGAGCUCAGUUCUUGCUGCAGGGAGCAGUGCGCUCCUCCCUUCUUGUCUCAGAGGGGACCCAGUGUUCAUCAUAAAGGCCACGAUUGUGAAGUUCCUCACGUGGAACUCUCGGGGUGGUUGUUGGCUUCUGCUUCCCCUGCAUUCCUGUGCUUCCCCCCCCCCCCACGCUGGAGGAUCCUGGCUUCCAGCUGCUGUGCCCUGACCAGCGCUGAAGCACUCGAGUUGUACUUUGUGAGCUGGGAGAAGACUCCGUGCAUCCCUGCAGGGCACUGCACAGCCCCAGGUGUGAGCUCUGACAGUGCUUUAGUGGCUGCAGGCUGUGUUCAGUAGGGAUUGUCUUCAUCUCAGAGCAGCUGCCUCCGUCCUGUGACUGCUAUGCAGUCUUUACAGAGGCCUCCCUUCGAGCUGCAGAGCUCUGAGUCCCACCCCGAGGUGGCACAAACCCUUCAGCAGUCAGAAUGUGCUAAACCUUGGUUUUGUGACACCAUGCAACCGAUCUGAGGUGGAUCACUGUUACAACAGCAUCUCCUCCCCUCCCAAACACCGUUUCAGGUUCGCUGUCACCUUGCCCUGCUCCUGCAGAGCUGCUCUCCACGAUCUCUAUCAGCCACUACUGAUUCUCCUUGCUCUUUUCCUGUGGAACAGCAAUGGCAAAGCACAGGGAACCAACUUCUGCUCGCUCAUUGCUGAUCGUGGUUUUGGUUUUCAUCACUCACAACCCGCGCCGCUCCUCGUUCAGCUGCACAAAGCAAAGUGCAGUGGAUCGAGUUGUGGCAAGGGAGUGUGUAACACAGGUCCUGAGAGGGGGGGGAGCAGGGCUAAUCAGUGCAA